UUCGUCUCCUGAUCUAAUGGACCUCAGCACAAUCAGCUUCUCAAGUGAAGAGUUUGUUCAGGAAAGUACGCUCGGGUCUACGACGAUGCCACAAGACAGCAGCAUUUACAAAUCAAUCUCCCAAGACAAACGUCCUACUGCAGAUGCUCAUUCAGAAACCCUGGCUCAGGAGAGUCACGUAAUACAAGGUCUUGUAACAAGCAGGACGUUUGCUGGGCCCAGUUCUACACUCACCACCGACACCCCAGAACAAAGACCUCAUUCAUCUGUGACAAGCACCACCCAGAAUUAUCUUGGUGAUACGCUGAUACUGACUUCGGCUGACACGGAAAUGAAUACAUUCCAAGGACCCCCGACCAUGAUAAUGCCAUCAACAAGCGGAAUAGACGUGGUGAAUACAGGGAUGGACACGUUCCAGACAGAUAGCGAAAGCACUCGAAUUAUAAAUGUUCUAACCACUAUGUUGUUGCCCACCUUAAUGUUGGACACAUCCGCUACUCUUUCCUUUGACCGUCCCCUUCCUCCAACCAGUAUGCAUGGUAGUGUUCUUCCCAACAGUGACAGUGUUCAAGUCGUAUCAGCCACAGCAACAGAUAUAGUUACGUCAUAUCCGUCCACGAUUGCGCAUGUCUCAUUGCUAUGUUCCUGUCCAUGCUGGAGACAGACGUUACAAGGAACCAAGGCUGACAUUCUUAAACAGCUUGACAGCAUAUUGGAGGAGGUUCGAAAGAACCUGACUCUCGAUAAAGACACACUGUCGGCUACAAUACGGAAACGAAUCAGUGCCCCUGACGCUCGGAAAUCUGCAACUGGGGUCGGUGCUAUUGGCACUGGUGUCGUGACGUUUUUCUUCAGCCUGGUAGUCUUUGGGGACAUCGUCUCGUUUGUUCUUGGCUGUGUCAGAUGGUUUGGUAAAACUGUUAACAUUAAAGUUGGGAUAGCAUCCUAAUUCACCGCUGUUGUGAUGGGAAUGAAAUUUGAAUCGCUACUACUCGAACAUAUUGCGCAUCAUUAAAUUUACAUGUAGUAUAGAACUACAAUAAUGCAAUAUGUCAUUGGUGUUUGUGAAAGCAUUAUUUAUUAAAACAGUUGGUUUGAUUGAAAUCAGCAUAGCUUUGUUCGAGAGUCAAGAAGUUGAGACUUGCAUGUAUUUGACAAUUAUGAAAUUGCUAUACGAUAUUAUGUACGUGUUAGUUCAACUUAUUUAAAGCAUGGCCCAUCAUAAACAUUUGUUACAUGGUGUAAAUGUUUUUGUUUGGUUCUUUUCUUCUUCAAAUAUUGUAAAUUAGGUCUUCUUUGAGCACGUGUAUAAAAUUCAAAGUACAGAUUUGUCAUGUCAUUUGGAGUAGGGUCAUUAUUCAUGCUUGUUUGAGGUUAGUUUAGAAGAUACCCUGUAAAUAGCAUUUUAGCAAAGUCUAUGUCUCGAAACAGUUUUGAGAAGUGUGUUUUUUUAACCAAAUGGAUGCCCGUGUACUGUACAAAAAACGGAUAUGAGGGAUGAUUUCAUUGCGUCUUAAUCGUCCCAGAACACUUUUUGAGAAGAAUUGGUAAAAACAAGCAGCAGAGAGACCGACGAUGAUCUUAUCACUUCGUUAGGUAAUCUUAUUGUAAUGAAAUACAUGGUGUAAUA